CAGUUGCAAAUUCUGUUUAUCUUUUUAAUUUCUUAAGUCUCCCGUCCGUAGUAUUCCUGCGGCUAUUUUUAUUGCUCUGUAAGUUUAUCAGAUAAUAAAGGAAAAUAUUUUAACCGGAAGCGGUAGAAUCGCGUAAUAACGUUCUACGCGCAGUCGCAGUCAAAAAUAUACACAGGAACCAGAAAGAGCUCUUUAAUAUUUUCAUCUCAGGCGAUUGUCCAGCUGCGUUCAGUUAGAAGAUGGCUCGGAGAAGCGGAGGAACGGUCCUAAUUACGACAAUACUGCAUGCGAUCAUCCAUAUGCUGUUAUCAACGUACGGAGCCACCAGCGAAGCGCAAGGGAACAACCAGGUGCAUCUAACGUCGCGGGUAACGCUGCUUGGAGAGGCCUUCUAUUCCCGCACCGAUGUCCGCGUAAUUGGGCACAGUUAUUAUGGAAUCCGCUACGGAACCGCCAAACGGUUUGAGCAUGCGACAGAGAACACCGAUUUCGCAUACCUCCACUUGCGGCCGGCUAAUAUUAAUGGUAAUGGCAGCCGCAGCGGUGCGGUGUGUUUGCAAGCUACCGGCACCGGCAUGAUCGCCUCCAGCAACCAUGGACCGGUCGUCAUGGACGAGGACUGUCUCUUCUUGGAUGUCCAUGUGCCGGUACUAAGCGAGGACGCCGGGGAACUUCCGGUGAUAAUGUAUAUCCACGGCGGCGCACUGCAAGCUGGCGAUAAGGACAUCUUCAACGGAUCAACUUUGUCAGCGGAAGUGCAGGCCAUCGUGGUAGGUAUUAGCUACCGCCUGACCGUCUUUGGUUGGCUGAGCACCGGAGACGCCGCUCUUCCCGGCAAUUACGGUCUGGGAGACUGCAAACUGGCGCUAAAAUGGGUGAUCAAGCACAUUCGGAAAUUCGGUGGUGAUCCGCGCCGUAUCACCGUUGCCGGUCACAGCGCCGGAUCAAUGCUGACUUCCGCUCUAUACAUGGACCCAGAUUACCGCGGUUUGAUGAAAGCGGCGAUUUCGUUAAGCGGAAGCGUCCUUUUAGAGCGUAUGCUCAUUCGUCACCCGCGGACAGCGGUGUUGGAUCUGGCAACAAAAACUGGCUGUCCGAAUGGCACAAGCGAAGCGGCGGUAGAAUGCCUGAAGAAGGCGUCGGCUGAGAAACUGCUGCGGCAUUCCAAGCGGGUUGUUAAAGGCGAUCCGGAUCUGGUACCCUAUGGAUUCGUCAUCGAUCAGAAACACUUCAAGAAGGCCCCACGCCAGGUUAUAGCCGAGGAGCCGGCGGCAUCGGGUGCCCAGCCGACUCUCGUAACCGGUUUCACGAAAGAGGACUUCUCUCUUCUGAUUACCAUCACCGAUCCCGACUACAUGGACCCCACAAAACCGCUAGAGUGGAAGAGCUUAAGAGAGAGCGUUGCGCGCUGGUACCUGCCACUGCAAGCCGACUGCGCUCUCUUGGAUUAUGAAUUAGCGGAACGGGUGAUGCAGUACUAUAACAUCAGCGAAACGGAUGAACGUGCCGAUAUGCUGCUCAAGUACAUUCAUUUGACCUCGGAUGCUCUUUUCGGCUAUCCUGCUGCUAAGGAGGCGUUUCUCUACGCGCAAAAGGGAUUUCCGAGCCAGGUGUACGUUAUGUCGCACAAUCCGCAUUUCAGUAAUUUCGGCGCGUUCCACGCUAUGGAGCUCGGGUACAUUUUUGGCGCGGAGGUCAACGCGAAAAUGCUGAAUUUGACGCUGCACGUGCCGGUGCAAAAGAGCAUCUAUCAUAUGCUGCGACAAGUUGUUCAUAAAGGGCGCACGGAUGGGCCGCUGUUUGGCGAAUUUGGGAAAUACAUCGAUCUGAAUCAGAAUGGAACGUGGGAAGAGGGAACGGCGGAUUUCAAAGGAUUAGUGGCAUUUUGGGAUUCAGUUGUUACGAGUAACUGCCGCACGGCUAAUCAAUCCCACAACGAGCUUUGAAAAGCUUAUCCCAUUCCCUUAAUUAACGUGUAGCGCAUUAGAUUGAUUAAGUACUCCAGUAGUGCUUACCAUACCUGUCUGUAUAUUAAUUUUUAAAAUUUCGACGAGGAAUGAGUACUGUACCAUACUAUAAUAAUUAUAAGAGUCGAUAUUACAGUACUGCACAUCGGCAUACGUCGGCGCGCAUUGUCAAUAUUAUGUACUGUACAAUACGAGCAUGCCAUGGUACGAGUAUCAGUUCUUUGUAUAUUUACUUAAUUACGUGUGAUUUUUUGUUUCUCACCAAUGUUCAUGUGAAUAACCAGUUAAAUACCGACUACGUAUAUUAUAUUAUAAUAUAUUUAUUAUAUUGUAUAGAUAUAGAUAGGUAUAAUGCUAGAAUAGUGUAUGUCGCCAGUGCGUUUUUACUAACUUACGUGCGUUUUACUUUUUACUAACUUGUCAAAGUUAAAACUUUCUGACGCUUGCGGAAACGUGUUUUUUUUUCCGAAAUUUUCUUUUGGCAGUUAUAGUUACAUUUGAUGAUAAUUUUUCUUUUAAGAAAGGAUAAAACGCCAUACGCCUUGACCACGAUUUUGUUAACGAUCGGCUCGGCAUGCCACUGCCGCUGUGUGAAAGUUCCGAAGUUGACUGGAACAGCUGACGAGCAGAGUGGCUGAUUGUGAGAGUGCUUGUUGUACGGCAUGUACAAUGUACGACAAAAAGAGGUUGAACCGAUCAGUCGGUCCGCGGUUCAAAAUAACCUCGCAACGACACGCCACCACUAAAACUUGGACGCUAACUCACUACUUUCAGACGCUCGCGCUCCGUGAAUAUCGAAGUGCAGCUAUAGUAGUUGCAUAUCAAAAGGUGCAGAAAAAAAUUUUACACUUUUUGAUACUAAACCUGUGGCUGUUUAUGGCGAACAGCACAAAUUCUAGCCAUUUUGAUUUCUCGUAGGCACA